AGAACAUUCAUACAGAGGCCAGCGUGCCUUAGAAAAUAAUUACAGAGGCAGUAAACUUUUUACACCAAGAAAAAUAAAAUGCUGGGUGCCUCAUGGAAUUUCAGAACCUGAUUUCAAAAGGAACAUCAUAAAGAGGAAAUAAAACUUAGCAUGGUGGAUUGCUCUUCAGGAUAUAUUUGUUGAUGGAAUGUUUCCACAUAUACCACCAAUAUGAGAAAAAAUGAUUACUGUUGAUUUGAAGCUUGAAAAAUGAGCAGGUGGACUUGUUGGUUUUGUAAGAAGUGCAGAGAUGAAUCUAAGAGGCCUCCUUCAAACUUUACUUUGGAGGAAGUGUUACAGUGGGCCCAGUCUUUUGAAAAGUUGAUGGCUACAAAAUAUGGCCCAGUAGUCUAUGCAGCAUACUUAAAAAUGGAGCACAGUGACGAGAAUAUUACAUUCUGGAUGGCAUGUGAAACCUAUAAGAAAAUUGCCUCACAGAGAAGCAGAAUUUCUAUGGCAAAGAAGCUUUAUAAGAUUUACAUCCAGCCACAGUCCCCUAGAGAGAUUAACAUUGACAGUGCUACAAGGGAAACCAUCAUUAAAAACAUGCAAGAACCCACUCAAACAUGUUUUGAAGAGGCUCAAAAAAUAGUGUAUAUGCAUAUGGAAAGGGAUUCCUAUCCCAGGUUUCUGAAGUCAGAACUAUACCAAAAACUUUUGAAGACUACAGAGUAUAACAACAAUUCCUGA